AUGGGCUUCCAGGCAGUUCCGGUACCGGGCGGUACAUUUUACAUCCAGCAUUUACCCCCUUCAACGAUCCAGCCGCCAUCGAUUAUAGUGCGACCGAACCCGCUUAGUCCAAUCACGCCGCCCUACAUCGUGGUGCAACCGCCGCAGCAGCCGCCGAUCGUGCCCCCACAAAUCGUCGUGAGACCGGAACCGCUACCACCGAUAACGCCGCCACCGAUCGUUGUGCACCCACCUCGACCGUGCCCCAUCCAGCCUGAGACAAUAGUAGUACGUCCCCCACGACCAGGGCCUAUCCAGCCCCCAGCGGUCACAGUGACACAGCCCCAGCCGUCUCCUAUCAAUCUGCCGCCUAUCAUAGUGCGUCAACCCACACAGCCGACAAUACAACUACCAACGAUUUCUAUCCCCACGUCAGCAAUUCUCAGCAGCCCUCCCUGCGCCCCCUGUGCCCCCGCGCCCUGCAUCCCGGAGCCCUGCCCUCCUUGUCCGGGACCCUGCCCAUACUGCAUCAGUGGUUAA